AUGCCUGCGGAAGCUUCAAAUUUGCCAAGAACAAUCAUGAUGUGGAAACCCAGCAAAACUCAGCAGGGUGAGCCAAUUAUUGCCUGCAAGCAGUUGUUCCGUACAAGAAAAGAAGGAAGAAAGCUUAGGAUACCUGAAGUUAUGAGGUAUCUGUUUAUUAUGCAGGUGAAUGGACCAGACAGUCUGAUAUGUGAGAUAAGAUCAGGAUCAGAGAUAGGCUGGAGGGCAACCCAUACUUACCUUGCAUUGCCAGACAAGAGAAUGAUUGGGUCAAAGAGCAUGACUCAUGACUAUGAAGGAAUCAAAGCAAUCUUGAAAGUCACUCACUCAGAGAACAAACCUGGCCUAGAUCUCCUCGUCUGUGUUAAGGUCUCAGGAAGUGAGGGUGAAACAGACUGGAUAACUCAGACAGCACUAUGCAACAUAUGGGGAAUGAGUGACACAGACACAGUGAUCAGUGAGAUAUUUGAAAGUGAGGGAGAGAUACCCCCAGAGAGGAUGGCAAGGCUUGAGUAUAAGCCGCGAAGAGCACUGAAUUACAUGCUGCAAAGACAGCAACAUGAUGUGCCUAGUGAUGAUACAAUGAACAAUGAAAAUGAUAGUGAAGUCGAAUUCUCCUGCAACCGACCCAGUAGCGGUCGUGCUGCUAGGACACCAAAGAGAGUUGUUCAACAAAUCAAUGACAGGAGUGGCAGUGAUAGUGACAGUGAAGUCAAAGUCACUCACAACUGA